AUGACAGACGUUAACAUCGACAUCAAUAAUGAUACGAAUUCACAGGCAAAGAAUAUUAAUGGUAACCUGGAUCCGUUUCGGGUGAUGUGGCGUAACCUGACCUACACCGCCAACGAUAAUACGAACCGCAAGAAAGUGAUACUCAAUGGAGUGAACGGCUAUUUCAUUAGCGGUCAGAUCACAGGGAUUAUGGGGCCGAGCGGUUGCGGUAAGUCUACGCUAUUGGGAUGUAUAGCCGGUAUUAAGACCAAAGGGUUGUCCGGGUCUAUCACCAUAUCGACAAACAUCAAGGUAAAGUUCGCGUCCAUAGCGCAGGAGAACUACAUCCUAAGUAGGCUUUCCGUCCGCGAGUCCCUUAUGUAUGCCUCGAAACUCAAAAACGACCCGUUCGUCGACCACUCGGGUAUUGUGAACGACGUGAUCGACAAACUCAUGAUCCAGACGUGCGCCGACAACCGGCCCUCCCGGUGCUCGGGCGGCCAACUCAAGCGAGCGCUCAUUGGGCUGGAGCUGGUGUCCCGGCCCAACAUCCUCAUCCUGGACGAGCCCACCACUGGCUUAGACUCAGUGACGACGUGGCAGCUCAUCAAUACACUCAUAGCACUGACCCAACAGCCGGAACCGGUAGCCGUUGUGUUGACUAUACAUCAGCCGAGUGCCAGACUUUUCAAUCUGUUUCACGCGAUAUACUUGUUGUCGGCGGACGGGCAGUGCAUAUACAACGGCUCCCCAAAGGCCAUGAGGUAUACGUUUAUGGAGUGCGGACUCGAGUGCCCGCAGUUCACCAAUCCGUCUGACUUUGCGCUGGAGGUGGCCUCCAAAGAACAUGGGGUGGACAGGCUGGUCACCCUGGCCACUAUUGUCAAGACUGAUGCCAAACAAAUGCCCGCAAAUAAGUAUAAGAUUAAUAAUAAUCACGGGUUUCGCACCUCAAGGGAUAUCUACUUUCUUACUGUUAGGUCCUUCCAGACCAUGAUUAGAGACCCGUUUAUGCUUCCCAUGAGAUUCUUUGGCUACAUUAUCGUGGGUUUAGCGAUAAGCCUACUGUUUGGCACAGACAGUGGUGUAUUAUCUGGUUGUCCCUCAGACUAUGGCGUAGGGGAUGGCAGUAAUCUGAUCCAGAAGGCUCUUGAUAACGCGGCCGACCUCUUCGAGAACUGCUGCGGACUGGCAUUCAUUUGUCUCUUUGGAUGGUUUGGCGGCAUAUUUCCCGUACUCUUAAUAUUCCCCAUAGAGUUGAAUGAAUAUGGGAACGGCUACUACUCGUGCUUCUCAUACUUCAUGUCCAAAGUGUUGAGUGACAUCCCCUUUAGCCUAAUAUUGCCUAAUUUGGCCGCAUUUCCC